AUCCUUCGGUUUUGUAUUCUUCUCGGCUUCCUUUCGUCUUCCUCCUCGCCCCUCUCUCACUCUCGCGUUGCCCCCCCCCCCUCGCCCCCCUCGCGGGUUCUCGCGUCGCCGUCGGAGAUGGUGGAGACGAGGCGGAGCGCAGCGGCGAAGCGCCCCGCGGUCGCGGCGGCGGAGGAGGAGGAGGAGAAGGGCGCGGCGGCGUCGCCGGCGCCGCAGCCGGCGGAGGGCGCGGCGGGCGGAGCGGGGGACGGGGUCGCGUCGUCGUCGCAGCCCCCGAAGCGGGCCAAGGUUGCGGGCGCGGAUGCGGAUAUCGCGAAGCCGUCGGCGGCCGAGGCCGGGGCGGCCGCGGCCGGCGCCGUGCCGGGGCCGCGGCCGGACACGGCUGGGCUGCAGGCGCUGACCGGCGCCAUGGACAAGCUCGAGGCACUCCUGAGGUCCAGGGAGGCGCAGUCCAACUCGGCUGGGCAUAUGCGGGGUGCCAAUGACAAGGAUUUAUCGGCGAAGAUAAAGAAAGCCAAGGAUUUGAAGGAUUUGUCGGAGAAGAUGGCGGGGAUGCUGAAUAAGCGCCAGGUUGUGGCCACCAGCAGGCGGCAGGAGCCCUGGUGCAGGCUGAUUUCCCAAUAUGCCUCGCACCCUACCCUUCCAAUUUAUGGAUCGCAUUUCACUAUUGGUCAUGGAGCGCAUCAUGAUUUGAGACUGGGGCUGGGCGAGUCGUCCACUGCCUCACCUGUUUGUAGGCUGAAGCAGGCUAAGCGAGGUGCACUCCUUGAAAUCUUUGACUCCAAAGUUGUUCGUGUAAAUGGGAAAUCUCUGGACAAGGCUGCCAAAGUUACCUUGAAUGGGGGAGAUGAAAUUAUCUUUCGUUCACCCGUGAGGCAUGCUUAUAUAUUUGAGCAACUUCAGCAGGAGAAAUCAAGCGCUUCAGCAUUAUCCUCUACUUGCAGUAGCAUCCAGCAGGGGCAACAUUCUCACUUCAAAGAUGUCCAGGAUCAUUUAUCAUCUAAAGGUCGCAAAAUCUCAACCUUUUACUUUGGAAAAGGCCGAUCUUCAUUGAUUCCUAGUGGAUCAUCAACAGACCCAGUUCUACUUAAUUUAUGUAAAACAAUAGAUGAGCGGAGCCAGUUUAACUCUGAAGAUAAUACAUCUUUUGGUCGGUCGCAACUUCUGAAGGAGGAUCUGGUAAACGCAAUGGUUGAUCCGAGUAACAUCUCUGAGUCAUUUGAUAGUUGUCCCUAUUAUCUAAGCGAGCAUAGCAAAUGUGCUCUCAUGUCAUCAGCAUAUGUACAUUUAGAAUGCAAGAACUACUUCAAGUUUACAAAAGAUAUAUCUUCUCUUAGUCAACGAGUGCUGAUAUCUGGCCCAGCAGGAACUGAGAUCUAUCAAGAAUAUCUGGUGAGAGCACUUGCAAAAUAUUUUGGUGCUAGGUUGCUCACGGUGGAUUCUUCCAUGCUGUUUGGUGGGCAGGCUUUCAAGGAAUCAGAGUCAUACAAAAAAGGUGAUAGAGUGAGAUACAUUGGUUCGUUACAGUCAGAAGGCAUUAUUCUUGAUGGACAGAGCCCUCCAGAUUUUGGUUCACAGGGUGAAAUACGUCUUCCUUUUGAAGAAAAUAGAUUAUCGAAGGUUGGUGUAAGGUUUGAUAAACAAAUUCAAGGAGGUAAUGAUCUUGGAGGCAAUUGUGAAGCUGAUCAUGGUUUAUUUUGUCCAGUUGAUUCGUUAUGCCCUGAUAGUCCAGGAUGGGAAGUUAGAUCCAAACAUCCAUUUGACGUGAUAGUUGAGUUUAUCUCUGAAGAAGUUCAGCAUGGCCCUUUAAUCCUUUUUCUGAAGGACACAGAGAAAAUUUGUGGGAAUAAUGACUCCUACCAUGGUCUGAAGAGCAAGCUUAAGCAUUUUCCAGCCGGUGCUUUUAUUAUUGGAUCUCAAAUCCAGCCUGACAAUCGCAAAGAUAAGGCAAAUGCCAGUUCUCUUUUUCUUUCAAAGUUCCCGUACAGCCAGGCUAUACUUGACCUUACAUUACAGGACAUUGAUGCGAUAAAUAAUAAAUGUAAAGAAGCUUCAAAGGCAUUGAAGCAUCUAACCAAACUUUUCCCAAAUAAAGUGACGCUCCAGGCACCACAAGAUGAUAUGGAGCUUUCACGGUGGAACGAGAUGUUAAACCGAGAUAUCGAAGUUCUUAAAGGAAAUGCCAACAUUUCAAAGAUACGCUCUUUUCUAACGAAGAUUGGAUUGGAAUGCGCUGACCUUGAGGCAAUAUUGGUUAAGGAUCGCAUUCUUACAAAUGAGUGUAUUGAUAAAAUAAUUGGUUUUGCUUUGAGCCAUCAACUUAAGAGCUGUACAAUUCCAGACCCUUCAAGUAGUGUGCAGUUUACCCUAUCCAGUGAAAGCCUUAAACAUGGAGUUGACAUGUUGGAAAGUAUUCAAUCAGGAUCGAAGAGUAGCUCUAAAAGGAAAUCUCUCAAGGAUAUUGCUACGGAAAACGAAUUUGAAAAGAGGCUCCUUGCUGAUGUUAUCCCUCCACAUGAAAUUGGUGUUUCCUUUGAGGACAUCGGAGCUUUGGAGAGUGUCAAGGAUACUCUGAAGGAGUUAGUGAUGCUUCCACUGCAAAGACCUGAACUUUUCAACCGAGGACAACUUAUGAAGCCAUGUAAAGGAAUUUUGCUUUUCGGCCCUCCUGGUACGGGAAAGACAAUGCUUGCUAAGGCUGUGGCAACUGAGGCUGGUGCUAACUUCAUAAACAUAUCGAUGUCGAGUAUUUCUUCAAAGUGGCUUGGUGAAGGAGAAAAAUUCGUGAAAGCUGUGUUUUCAUUAGCAAGUAAAAUUGCUCCAAGUGUGAUUUUUGUGGACGAGGUUGAUGGCAUGUUGGGAAGGCGUGAGAACCCUGGAGAGCAUGAAGCAAUGCGUAAGAUGAAAAAUGAGUUUAUGGUGAACUGGGAUGGUCUAAGAACAAAGGAGAAAGAACGUGUAUUAGUACUUGCUGCAACUAACCGGCCAUUUGAUCUUGAUGAGGCGGUUGUUAGGAGGCUUCCCAGGAGGUUGAUGGUGAAUUUGCCAGAUGCAUCAAAUAGGAGAAAAAUCCUUAGCGUAAUACUAGCCAAGGAAGAUUUGGCAGAUGAUGUUGACCUUGAAGUUAUAGCUAACUUGACAGAAGGGUACUCGGGUAGUGAUCUCAAGAAUCUGUGUGUUACUGCUGCUCAUCGUCCUAUUAGAGAGAUUCUUGAAAAGGAGAAGAAGGAGAGAGCAGCAGCAGAAGCAGCAAAUAGACUGUUGCCUCCAUCACACUCGAGCAAUGAUGUGCGCGCAUUAAGAAUAAGUGAUUUCAUGCAUGCGCAUGAACAGGUCUGCGCAAGUGUUUCCUCAGAUUCCAUUAACAUGAACGAGCUUGUGCAAUGGAAUGAUCUCUAUGGGGACGGGGGAUCAAGGAAAAAGACAACACUAAGCUAUUUUAUGUAGCUGAUGUUGCGCAUAUAUCAUGAGCCAUGGUGCGAAGCGCAAAGGUUGGAGGCUAAAUGUCGUGCAGGUUCAGCGCAGUUCGAAAACAGGCGUUAGAGACAUCCAUAUCCAGAUAAUAGAGUCGAUGGUUCAGGUGGAGCACAGUGGCGAAUGUACAUAUCUGGUUGCUGCUUUCACACUGGCCAUGCAUCAUGGAUUUAGACAGACCAGCUGGUCUGGUUCGUAGUAGCCCUGCUGCAGUUUUGACUGCAGCACAUCUCCAUCAGAAAAAAAGAAUUAAAAAUAGAUCGCAUUUGUUGUACUCACCCAAAAAGCCUGGAGAUGACCAAGGGUCUCGCUUGGCCCACCAUUUUCCGCCAUUAAAAAAAAUCAUUAUUUAGAUUGUAAGGUAUAGAGCCUGUCCAAGUGUACAGUAUGAGCAUCAGGCCUAUUAACUUAUGCGGUCAGUGUCUGAUUCAAUUUGUUAAUCAUAAUUACUGUAGAAUCGUUCUGUAUAUGGAUUUAGUAUCACCUUUUUGAGUAUAAGAGUGCUGUCGACUAUCAAAGGCACUCUUAAUCUACAUAGUAAAAUCGUUACUCCAGGUAGCAUGGGGAACAUGAA